GGUGUCGCGUUAGUCUGACCAUCGCACCGCAAACCGCAAACAGCAAAAAUGGCUUCCCAUGCAUUGUCACAAAUGCUGGACGAGCUCAUGGGGCGGGAUAGAAAUCUAGCCGCAACCGAGAGGAAAAGUGAAUUACAUUGGCAAGACCCCGAGGUUUGCAAAUUUUUCCUUGUGGAUUUUUGCCCCCACGAAUUGUUUGUUAACACAAGAGCCGAUUUAGGACCUUGUGAGAAGAUACACGAUGAAAUCUUUAAAAAAGAGUAUAAGACUUCUACCAGGGUAAAAACCAUGGGCUUUGAGGAAGAAUUUGAGCGCUACUUGGAAGGGCUAAUUGCUGAUGUGGAAAGGCGCAUUCGCCGAGGUCACCAACGCCUAGCCCUCAACAAUGCCCAGGGCAACCUGAAUGGACAAAUGAACAAAGACAAAGAGGAAAAAGUACAGAUGUUGACAGAAAGGAUAAAUGACCUUGUACAACAGGCAGAGGAACUUGGCUGUGAAGGGAAGGUGGAGGAGGCACAGGGUGUCAUGAAGCUUUGUGACCAGCUAAGGGAGGAGAGGAAACAGAGCGAGUCGAAUAAGCUGGCAACUCAGUCUAAUGAGCCGGAGAAGACAAUGGAGGUAUGCUCAGUGUGUGGGGCUCUGCUAGUGGUGGGCGAUGUCCAGCAGCGCAUUGAUGAACACUUGAUGGGCAAACAACAUGCUGGAUAUGCACGCAUUAGGGCCUAUGUGGAGGGCAAGAAAAUGAAAAGGGUAAAUGAGGAAGAGGAAAGAGAAGCUAGAUACCAAAAGGAGAGAGAAGACCGCGAGAAAGAGAGGGAAAAGGAAAGAGAAGAACGUCGUCAACGAGAGAAAGAAAGAGAAGAAAAGGAAAAGGAACGUGAAAGAGAGAGGGAAAAAGAGAGAGAAAAGGAAAGAGAAGAAAGAAGAAAGAAACGCUCUAGGAGCCGUGAUCGCGAUAGACACAGACGAUCACGAAGUAGAAGUCGCCAGAAACGUAGAUCUAGGAGUCGUUCAAGGGAUCGUCACAGGUCCUCUCGUAACCGCCGCUCUAGGUCAAGGUCACGCUCCAGGAAGUCGAGGAGCCGAGACAGAAGGUCACGUGAUAAAGAUUCUCGCCGUCGGUCCCGCAGUAAAGAAAGGUCGCGGGAUAAGGACCGCAGUUCUCGGGACCGGUCUAAGAGGAGUAGAGACAGGAAAGAUAGAGAUAAAGGAAAGACGAAAUCCCGUUCUAGAGACAGAGAUGGCCCUGUCGCACAGGAGAAAUCCAAAGAGGACACGUCGUCCAAUAGAAAAGACGAGCAUGCACAAAAUACCGUUACAGAGGAAAGCAAAGACUGAUUUAGAGGUGACACAAUAUUUGCUGUCAGUUUUCAACAAUCAAGAUAUUUGUUCAGAAGUCGAUAGUGAAGUAGCCCGGUGCCAUACCGUUGUUUCGGGGAGGAGUCUAACCGUUGAUGCUGAAUGGCAGAUGGACAGAUCUCUUGAACUGCUAUUCUCUCUUUGUUGGUUAACAUAUGUAUUAUCUGUUCCUAUUUUGAGGUAUGUUAUAUGUAUGUUGAUGAUUGUUUAUAAGAUAAUCACAAUUUCGUUCAAGACUUUGUUAUUAAAGAGACAGAAAAAACUGUACAUAUAAACGCAUAUUGUUAUUGGAGAAUAUUAUUUUGUCAUUAUCUCCGUUCAUGGCAACUUUGGCGUCGUGUAAUUAAUUUGUCCAAAACAUUCUAUACGUUUAGUUCUCCGUUGUUACUUGAUGUAUAAAUUAUCAAUUGAACCUGUUCAUGUAAAUGGAUACUACUAAACAAUAAGAUGAAAAUAAAGUCCACGAAUCAA